AUGUUUCAUCAGGACAUAUUUCUUGCAGGAGUAAACACGAGCGCAGUGACCUUGAUCUGGGGAUUGACUGAGCUCAUCAGAAACCCGAGAGUGAUGAAGAAAGUGCAAGAAGAGAUUCGGACAACACUCGGGGACAAGAAACAGAGAAUUACAGAACAAGAUGUAAACCAGCUUCCGUACUUCAAACUCAUGGUCAAGGAGAUAUUCAGGCUACACCCAGCAGCUCCACUUUUGCUCCCAAGAGAGACAUUGUCUGACAUCAAGAUCCAAGGCUACGACAUCCCCGCAAAAACACAGAUCAUGAUCAACGUUUACUCGAUCGCACGCGAUCCAAAACUCUGGAACAACCCAGACGAGUUUAACCCCGACAGGUUUCUCGACAGUUCAAUAGAUUACAGGGGACUGAACUUUGAGCUUUUACCGUUUGGUUCUGGACGGAGACUGUGUCCAGGGAUGACGAUGGGGAUCGCCACCAUUCGCCGCCGCUCAGAAACGGCAACGAUGUUCAUCCACCGUGUGAACGCCACGCGCAUCCGGCCACUCGUUUCUUUUCGUCUCUUCUCCUCCGCCGCUUCUCUCCUGCAAUACUGCACGGAGAAGCCGCCGAUCAAACCGUGGCCGCAGAGGCUAUUCCCGAAGCGGUUGGCCUCCAUGAUCACCCAACAGCAGAACAUCGAUCUCGCUCUCCAGAUUUUCCUCUACGCCGGCAAAUCACAUCCCGGUUUCACCCAUAACUACGAUACUUACCACUCAAUCCUCUUCAAACUAUCCCGUGCUCGUGCUUUCGAUCCCGUGGAGUCCCUAAUGGCAGAGCUUCGGAAGUCUUACCCGCCGAUUAGAUGCGGCGAGAAUCUUUUCAUCGACUUGCUACGAAACUACGGGCUCGCGGGUCGAUACGAAACUUCUGUGAGGAUCUUCCUUCGGAUCCCUGAUUACGGUGUGAAACGCUCCGUUCGAUCGCUAAACACACUCUUAAACGUUCUAAUCCAGAACAAGAGAUUCGACCUGGUCCACGCCAUGUUUAAGAACAGCAAGGAGUCUUUCGGCAUCACGCCCAACAUCUUCACCUGUAAUCUACUCGUGAAAGCUCUCUGCAAGAAAAAUGACAUAGAGAGUGCAUAUAAAGUGCUCGACGAAAUUCCAUCGAUGGGUUUGGUGCCGAAUUUGGUGACUUACACAACGAUUUUAGGUGGUUACGUUGCGAGAGGUGAUAUGGAAGCGGCCAAGAAGGUUUUGGAAGAGAUGUUGGAUCGUGGCUGGGAUCCUGAUGCGACCACUUACACUGUUCUGAUGGAUGGUUACUGUAAGUUAGGAAGAUUCUCUGAGGCGGCUAAGUUGAUGGAUGAGAUGGAGAAGAACGAGAUUGAGCCGAAUGAAGUAACGUAUGGAGUUAUGAUCAGAGCUUUGUGCAAGGAGAAGAAAUCCGGGGAAGCACGUAACAUGUUCGAUGAAAUGCUUGACAGAACUUUCAUGCCGGAUUCUUCACUUUGCUGUAGAGUUAUCGACGCGCUGUGUGAAGACCACAAGGUGGAUGAAGCGUGUAGCCUGUGGAGGAAAAUGUUGAGGAACAACUGUAUGCCUGAUAAUGCUCUUCUCAGCACUCUCAUCCAUUGGCUCUGCAGAGACGGGAGAGUUUCAGAAGCGAGGAAACUGUUCGACGAGUUCGAGAAAGGCUCGAUACCGAGUCUCUUGACGUACAACACGCUGAUCUCUGGAAUGUGCGAGAAGGGAGAGUUGACGGAGGCGGGUCGGUUAUGGGACGACAUGUUCGAGAGGAAAUGUAAGCCGAAUGCUUUCACGUAUAACGUGCUGAUCGAGUGCUUGUCCAAGAACGGGAACGUCAAAGAAGGAGUCAGGUUUCUUGAAGAGAUGCUGGAGAGUGGCUGCUUUCCUAACAGAACGACGUUCUUGAUACUGUUCGAUGGGUUGGAGGAGUUAGGGAAAGAGGAAGAUGCGAUUAAGAUUGUAACAAUGGCUGUUAUGAGCGGGAAAGUCGAUAGAGAGUCCUGGGAACUUUUCUUGAAGAAAUUUGCUGGUGAACUAGAUAAAGGGGUUGUGGUUCUUAAAGAGCUGUUGCUUGAAAAUUCUGUCUCUUGA